UUCGAAACAACCAACAGCAACAUGGCUGUGCAAUGCUGGGCUGAUAUCCUUAAAUCGUCUAAGAAAACCGCUUUAAUUCAUGAUGGGAAAAGGAAGAUCCACUAUCUCUUUACAGAUGGGAAAGAAAUGGCAGAGGAAUAUGACUUGAAUACAGACGAAUUAAUUGUAAGAAAAUGGCGUUCAAAAAGCCCUCUGGGCGCAGAGGGGCCGUGGCAGAUAGAAGUUGGUGAGCCUUUCCCAACAACGGUCGGCACUUUGGAAUCAGAGGUUAUAAAGGAGAACUGCUCAAAUCCUGUGUUCCUGCGUAAGGACACGAAGACCAGUUUUCAGUGGAGAGUCAGGAACCUUCCGUACCCCAGUGACGUGUACAACUUGUCUGUGGAACCUACAGAACGAUGCUGCAUCAUACGGACGUCCAAUAAAAAGUACUUUAAGAAGUUCAACAUCCCUGACCUUGAUAGAAACCUCCUGCCAUUGGACAGUUCUGCUCUUAGCUUUACCCACGCCAACAACACACUGAUAGUCACUUACAAGAAGCCCAAAGAGGUUUUAACCCUGGAACACGAGCUACUGAGGGAACUGAAGAAACUGAAAGGGACCAACGAAGGCGACGUCGACUGCAAGACCCAGUGAGGACGCGUCAGAACCCAUGACUCAGUCGUUAGUGUUUGAUGCCGUGUGCUGUUGCGUACCCUGCUCGCAAUCCGAUCCUGAAUCUCAGCUGUUCUGUGGGGUUGCCCCCAUUAGAAGACUGCAGCACAGUGCCUUGUCCCAUGGUUUAAUGGUUUUCAUUGUGUUAACUAAUUUGGGUCUCUUGAAUGAAGCCAACAAAUUACUGCUCAAGCCUGUGUCUUGUUUUUUUUCUUUCAACCUUUCCUGUUACUGGUUUUCAACGUGCGUUUUUUACCAGGAAAAAAAGCGUUUUGAGAAGAUGUUUGCUGAUGUUCAGUAAAACGUUCCCCGAAGAAUCAUUGUCGAAGCGCUGUAAAUUUUGAAGUCUGAAAGUGUAUUGUUCUGUUAUUACUAUUUUGACUGUGAAUCAAUCAAUAAAUAAAAUUGUAUGUUGUUGAA